GUGUGUACGUACGUGUGUGCGUCUGUGCCCGCGAGGAGGGGACGUUACACAGAGCCACCGCAAGAUUUAGUCAGCUCAUCCUCAGUCCCGGGCCAAGACUCCCGGACACGACCAUCCCUUUCCCUUUGGCGGAAACUUACACUACGUUCCAGCGAGCCUUCCUCAACACCAGCCAAGGAAGUCCUGCGACCUGAAGGGAAGACGACGGCCAUGGGGCGCGCUGGGCUCCUCCUGCUGGCGGCGACGACGCUCUCCUGCCUCGGAACGACAUGGGGUGCGUGCAAGGGCUCCACCAAAAUCGAGUGCAGAACGAAAGGCCAGUGUAUCAGAAUGGAGCACGUCUGCAACGGAGGGCGAGACUGCACCGACAACUCCGACGAGGAUCCUGAGCUGUGCAAGAUAUGGAAAUUCAAAAUGGACUCCUGCAGUAAUUCCCGAGUGUCUUGCAAAGGAAAUUGCUACAGCUUCUCGCGCUUCUGCGGCAGAAAGGAAUGUACUGGAAAGAUGCACCCGAGAGUUUGCGAGAUGGUGAAGGCGAAGAAAUUCAACGUUGCAACGGAGGCAGAACCAGCAUAUUCGCCCGCGCCCUUGCAAAUGAUGUCAAUGAUAAGCGAGGUGGAACACAUAGUUGAACGAGCGGUGAACACAACGCCAACGGAAGAUCCACUUUCUUGCCCCAAUCUGUACACACGCGUUGGGGAUCGGUGUCUGUCCCUCUUCUCAAUUGCAAAGGUCCCGUGGCCAGAAGCGAGGCAGUUUUGCAAGUCCAUCUUCGGUGACCUUGUGACCUUCGAGGACAUCCAGAGCUUCGCAGAUAUAAUUCGACAUUUGGCUGAAAAAGCGCUGACAACAAACUUCUGGAUAGGCGGCAGGUUUGACUCGCGGGCGUCUGCGUGGGCGUGGGUGGGUGGUGACACGCCCAUGCCCCUGGGCUCUCCGUUCUGGGCGGAAAGGUACAGCAGAAUAUGCGCACCUCGACCUCCUCCGCAGACCGACCCCUUCAGUGCCCCUCUGAACGCGACUCCGGGAGCACUCUGUUCCCACUACCUGCAGGCGCCGAAGGAACGAGCACAGGGAUGGUGCAGUGCCAUGACCUACGAGCACCACUUCUACCUCACGGACGAGGAGUGCCAGAAUGCCCACAGCCCCUUGUGCGUCUUAAAACGCGGCUCUGACAUCCUCUGAGGCCCUUGGCUGCGAAGGCCACGAGGGAGAAGAGGAAGAGGAUGACGUGAAAGGAAAUGAAAAUGAAAGAGAAUGAAAAUAAGGAGGAAGACGAAAUAAAAAUAGAAAGGAAGACAAAAUAUAAAUAAAAUUAAAGAGGUAAGCAAAA